GCACCAAUUUUAGGCAAGGUAAGUUUUCACGUACAAGACAUUGAAGAUUGUCUUGUACAAUCUUGAAAAUUUUAGAAAAGACUUGUGAUUUUGCGUCUUGGGUUGAGCAAAAUCUCUACCGCUCUGCCUUUGAUUAAAAUGCCUGGUGGGCGUGUUCAGGGCAUUACAGCGCCCCCUGUGGUGAUUUCUGGUUACGUCUAGGUCAGACGAUCCGAGCUACAUUGUAAAUAGACAUCAGCGAUUCACCGAAGCCAUGCCUUCCUAGUCUCUUUAAAUCACCCCUAAUAGAGCAGUUUUUCCGCCCGGACUCAUCUUUUCUUCAGAUAGAAUUACUCUGGCUGUUUUUGGUCAUUUCGUCGUGUCAAAGUAUUUUUGAAGUAUGUACCGGUCUCUGUAUGCUUUCCGAUCUGCGGAGCCGAACUCGCUGCACUUCGCGGCCGGAGAAAGCUUCCUAAUCCUUGAGAGGAGCAACAAACACUGGUGGCUGGGGUCCCGCUGCAGCUCUGGGGAAACAGGCUACAUUCCUGCCUCGUAUAUCGAAAAAAUACAGGCUCCAGAGCAAGAUGAGGUGCUGCAGUCUAUUGACAGAGCAAUCGAAGGAAUCCAUAAUGUGGCCUUAAAAAAUGGAGGCAAAUACAAUCUUGAGCAGCGAGAUGUUCUUCAAAAGCUGAUCCAUCACAGAAAGGAAACCCUUGCUCGGCGAAGUUCCUCUUCCACUGGACACAAACAAGGCCUCCCAUCUUCCAGCAGCGAAAUAUCUCUCAGUCAAACUCCUCCUCCACCCAAUGGCCUUAACCGAGACUACGGACGACAGGGAAGCGUACCACUAUCGGGAAGUAUGGACAGUAUGCAUGCAGAGCAGGGUUUCUAUCAGAUCCCACCUCAGCCUCGACGUGCUGCUCCAAUCACUCCACCCCCCCCUGAAAAGCAGAAAAACCACCGGCGUCCUGAGCCUGAGGUCCCCUCCAGAGUGUCCUCUCUUCCUCCGUCCCCUGCACCCUCCCUCUCUAUCAGCACCACCUCUCUAGAGUCUGGCUCCUCCCACUCCCUAGUCUCCUCUGAUGUCAGUCUGCCAAGUGUUUCCAGCACCCCUCCUCCUCCUGUGCCGUCCCGUGUGAAGCCCCCCGCACCACCUCCAGACUCACAGGCGUCUGGCUGUUCUCCUUUGCCAGCUCCAGCAAAGAAAAGUCCAGCACCGCAGCCUCCCCAGUGCACUGAACCCACCACUCCUGUCCAACUCACCGUGGAGAACCCACCAGAAACAGAAUGGCCAGUUGCCCCACCGUCUGUUGCUGAAAGUCCUCCUGGUAGCCCUACCAAAUCUGAACCACUUCCCAUGACCAUUGGAGCUGAACUGAUCGAAAUGGUACGGAAGAACACGGGCUUGAGUUACGAGCUGUCCCGGGUUGCUGUCGGCGUGGUGGUCGGCCAUCUGCAGACCGCUUUACCUCAAGCCUCGUCUGCUUUGGAGCAAGUUCUCCUUUCGCUGGUUGAGAGCAAGGACUUAAGUGCUGCGCUGCCGCAGGGUCAAGUGUGCCAUGAUGAACAGCGGCUGGAGGUGAUCUUUAGCGACCUCGCCCGUCACUGUGAUGAUUCGCAGCAGCGCAGCUGGGCGCUUCACGAGGACCACGCUCUCAUUUCCUGCUAUCUGGAGGAGCUGCUGAAGAUACUGACUGAUGCAGAUCCAGAAGUGUGCAAGAGGAUGUGCAAAACCAACAACUAUGAGAACGUGCUGUCGCUGGUUUCUUAUUAUCAGAUGGAGCAUCGUGUAUCUUUGCGGCUGCUCUUGCUUAAAGUGUUCGGGGCGAUGUGCAGCCUGGAUGCUGCUCUCAUCUCCACCCUCCUCAACUCCAUCCUACCCAUGGAGCUGGCCAGGGACUUGCAGACAGACACACAGGAGCACCAGAAGAUGUGUUACACAGCUUUGGUACUAACAAUGAUAUUCUCAAUGGGUGAGCAGGUGCCAUAUCAUCACUAUGAACACUUGAAUGCGGACUUUGUUCAGUUUCUGUUGGGUGUGGUAGAGGACGGACUUCCCUCUGAUCCCACAGAGCAGCUACCUGACAUCUUCCUGAACCUCCUGCUGGCCUUUGACCUGCAUCACACAGCACCCAGCAACAACGUCAUAAUGCAGGAGCUGAAGCAGAAAAAUGUCAAGAUCCUGACAGAGAAAGUGCUGCUGCUCCUGAACAGAGGCGAUGAUCCUGUGUGUAUGUUCAAACACACUCCUCCUGCACCGCACUCAGUGCUCAAAUUUCUGCAGGAUGUUUUCGCCAGCCGAGAGACCGCUGACAUCUUCUACCGCACCGACAUGAUGGUGAUGAUUGACAUCGCUGUUCGACAGAUAUCUGAUCUUUCACCUGGAGACAAGCUGCGGAUGGAAUAUCUCUCCCUCAUGCACUCUAUAAUGCGCUCGACGGACUACCUCGAGCACCAGCAUCGCCUGACUGACCUGCAGGGAUCCCUGCAGAGGAUUCUCAGGGAGGAGGAAGAGCCAGGAGAGGAUGAAGGAAGCGCCACAGCCAAACAGAUGGAUAAGCUAAUUGUACAGCAGAUCUAUAAGGAGUUCCCACAGAUCUGUGAGAACCAGGACUGAACCAUAUCAGUAUCAUACGCACACACUGUAGUCUGCUUCCGUCUACUGAAGGGAUGUACGGUAAAGCUUAAAAGGUGAAGAUCUCAAGUUUGAGGACAUGUUGUAUUCCGUGCCAGCUGAGAGAAACAGACCAGUGUUGGCAGUGUUUUCAAGGAGUUUCUAGGGCUGCAGCAUGUAUGUGAUGCCAGUGCUUUCACAGCUUCUUGAAACAGAUUCACUUGAAUAAUGAGUAGCAAUCUAUAUGGUGUGUUUAAGAAGAAUGAAAAUCUAGUAAACGCAUCAAAAGAAAAUUUAAAUAAAAUCCUGCAAAGUUUCAUCAUACUUAGAACUUAGAAAUAACCCGAAUAUGUAGUUGGCUAAGCCUUAAUGCUGCUCUUUAAACUUUAAGCAAUAAUAAUUGAACCCGACAUGGACUGACUGCAUGCGCUUUAAAGGAUUUUGAUAUUAAAAUAAUUACAGCUACAGCUAAACCUUUUUCUAAUCUAACUAACUUAAACCAAAAGGAUUUUGGAGAAAAUGUGAAGUUUUGUAACAGAGAGGCAUAUCUAUGGUAGCAAUACAUGUAACAGUGCGAUUAUUUCACAGCCGAGAGAAUACUUUGAACCUUUACAUGCUUCCCUUGUAGUGGGACCAAACUACUGUGUGUUACUGAGAGAGUAUUAUUUUCUUAACUGGAAACUGCAAUCUUAAAACUGACUUCCUGUUUCAUUCAACCCUUCUUUAGUAAUACUUAAAAUUCAAGUCAAGUAGAGCAAUGUUUACGUCUCUCAUGAGAAAAGCAAAGCACACUGACUCAUGUUAUCAUUACUAAGCUCAUAGCUGAGUAUGUUGCUGCUGCAUAUUGAGUCUGCUGUUUCUGCAUCUGCGGUUAUCUCAGUUUGCUCCUGCUGGCUUUUCUAACACUUUAAAGAAAUCGCUUUGUAUUAGUAAAUGGAUAGCUCCUUAAGCAUCAGACAUCACCUACUCUUCACAGAUUCAAACUGACUGUGCUGCAUUGAGACUUCAUCACAAACAAGCGUUUUGUUUGAUGCGAAAUUUGAUGUGUUUGACAAUUAUUAUCUUCAAUGAUGCAUCGUUUAGUGUUGCUGAGUUAUGUUCCUGCUGAAAAUGGAGACAAAGGAGAAAAAAUACAGGGCAUUUUAUUUUAUCUCCUGGUGGUUUCAGUGUACCUUUCCUUGUUUUUGUGUUGUGACUAUUCCCCCAUCUUAAUACAUUACCUGUUCUUAUUUUGUCCCUGAUGUGCCAUCUCCAUAUGGGAGGCUCUCACAAUUCACAAGAGAUAUCAGAUUUUAGUUCAUGUUUGAGUGUUCAUUCUUUGACAAAUUGUGUCUAUUUACAGUGUGUGUGUAUGUGUGUGAGCAGUGGGCAUCUCCAUGGUUAGCAUUGUCUGCAAAAAUGCUGCAACUAUGUUAUAAUGAAACUAAUAAAGCUAUAUUUUAACAGUGAA